CUGAACUGUUGUAGCAAAUUGAAUUCUCUCCGUUUCCCUAAAAAAAAUGAAGGAGUUUGCCGUACCGCCGGUGGUUUUCCCGACCGGACAAAAUCCGGUGGCCGGAACCAGCGUUCAGCAAAGGAGAGUCCCAACGGCACCGUUUCAGCCACAGAGACCCACGAGCUCCAGCAUCCCCUUCAUGUCAUUCGAUAUGGGAUCCGCAGCGGCCUCCACUUCCUCAGCCUCGAUCUACGGCGGUCCUAUCGGCGGAGGAGGUGGCUCUAUGCCCGGAAGUGCUAGCUUCGAGGACGAGGAACCCUUGCUCGACGAGCUCGGGAUCCACCCGGAGCAAAUCUGGAAUAAAACCAAGUCGAUUCUCAACCCGUUCCGGGUCAACCCGGUCGUACACAAGGACUCGGAUCUAUCCGGCCCGAUCCUCCUCUACAUGGCGCUCUGCCUUUUCCAAUUACUCGCCGGUAAGCUCCAAUUCGGCGUUAUACUCGGCUGGAUCGUCGUCUCCUCUAUCUUCCUCUACGUGGUGUACAACAUGCUCGCCGGAAGGAACGGUAACCUGGACCUGCACACGUGCACGAGCGUGAUUGGCUACUGUCUCUUGCCGGUGGUGAUCUUUUCGGCCGUGUCGCUCUUCCUGCCUCAAAUCGGUGGGGUCAGGUUCUCGAUCGCCGGGAUCUUCGUGUUCUGGGCGACUAGGGUUUCCACGGCACUCAUGGUUGCGCUCGCUGAUGGCGGCGACGAGCAUCGCAGCUUAAUAGCGUAUGCGUGUUUCUUGAUUUACACUCUGUUCUCGUUGCUUGUUAUAUUCUAGUGGGAUUUGGUUUUGGAAUUCGCUGUUUGGUAUUGAAAUUUCUGUUUAAUAGAGUAAAAAAAAAAAAAAAAAAACCUUUUGUUAGAUGUAAUUUUUGGCUUAUAAUUGAUAUUGAUCGUAAUGCUAUAAUUUUGUGCUAUAAUGUGCUAUAAUGAGCGUUUGAUAUGGAGGAAAUGGAUAUGUUAUUUGUAAAUGAAUUGUCUGAAGUUUUAGGUGAAUGCUUUGCUA